AUGGAUGAAGUAAAUCUACAAGCAACCAAUCAACCUGCUCUAUCUCCGUCUCCAAAAACCAAACACUAUCCCCAGCAUAUCACUACCGCAUCGGCGGGUUCCUCAGGCCUCGUACCGCCCAGACCAGGUCCCCGCACAUUUCUCGGAAGGCUUGGAUACAAGCUCAACCCGUGCUGCCGCUCCAAAGAUGUGGCCAGCGGCGAACCUCGCAAGGCAGUCUGCAGUAAUAAGAGAUCAUCUGCGCUUUGGCACUUUACUCUCUUCCACCUUCCAGCAAUGCUGGUAACGUCAACUCUCCUGACCCUUCACGUUAUAAAUCUCCACUGGUCCCCCUCUCAUCCUAACAUCGAGGAAAUGGCCGCUCUUCAGUUCGCCGCCAAGGCGCAGGAGAGCUUAAUCCUUAUCUCCUUGACCGACGUCCUUCUGCACAGAAUCCGCUACGGGCUUCUCGGUAGGAACGGCGUCCCACUGGGCUUUCUCUUAUCGCCUUUCAACAUCGGCUUUUCGCUACGAUAUCUUGCCAGCCGAGAAUUCUGGUCCCCAGCGGUAAACCCUACUGGGAAACGAUUCUUUAAUGCCAUUACCGCUGCAAUGAUCUUCCUAUUUUCGCUGUUGGGUCUGGCAGCAGGCCCGUCUGCUGCUAUUGCUAUGAUCCCUCGGUACAAUUGGUGGCAGCUCCCAGAUGUUUCCGCUGAAGACCGGCCCGUGGUUGAACCAAACCCUUACCUUAGAAAGUUUGAGUCUCCUUAUUUGAAACCAGACUUAGGGUGUCUUUCCGUCUUCAACAACCAAACCUGCGCGAAUCAUGACUUCGAGACAAUAUCCCGUGUACUACAGACGCUCGAUAUCACCACAAUUCGAUCUGGUAAUGCGCCACCGAUUAUGAUGGGAAAUAUAACUGUACCCUCUCCCAUGACGCCGCCUCAUAGGCAGAUUACUCUAUUAGUGAACAGCUACGGAGAGGAAGCUGGUGGAAGUAUAGCUUAUGCUACAACACCUAUGGAAUUUAUUCUCGCCGGAUUCAAGUUUGACGAGUUUGCGCCUGACGGAGUUCAAUACCUCCGUAAAUCCGAAGCAUUGAAGCCUUCUGGAAGCGAGAAAUGGAAACAACCUUUGGUAGCGGCUCACUGUUCUUUUUCCUACUUGCGUCGCCCUUUUAACUACACAUCGACCUACUUUGAAUUUGAUGACAUAUAUUAUGACAAUUUUAAUGUCACAGUUGAAUUCAGUGAUUUCAACGAUUCAAUGGAAUAUCUCAUGAAGAUACCAACGAACGCGGGUGACAAUGUUACCCGCUCAAUGAACCCCGUCCUCCUUGAUAUCCGACAUCUACUUCCUGUACCAGUUGCAACAAGUAUUGUGUUUGCUCAUUCCUAUAUAAGUUCAUUUACAGACCUUCCCACAUAUCAGCCGGAACCUGAGAUCGAGAUUGGGCUUUGUCUGAUCCAGGGGCGUUGGGUCGAGGCAGAUGUCUUUCUCCAUUCGAAGUCAUCAUCGGACAUACAGAGCCACCUAGGGUUCCCACUUCUCGAGGCAAUGGACUAUAUGCGACUGAAGUCUGAUCCAGAACAAUCUAUCGAGAUGACGGUUGAAUGGUUAGAGGGGAUUGGAGUUCCUCCAGAAUCCGUCGGCCCGCAGCGAAAAAAUCCGGCGUAUCUCGAUAUGAUGAAUGGCUGUAUUGACGCAUGGUCUCGCGGCACUGGUGGUGCCUAUUGCCUGCCGGGAUCGCUUGCAGCCUAUCUCGCAAAUGCACUGGCUCGAAUCACAACUCUGAAAGGCAUGAAGGGGGAUGAUGAGAAGUUCACUCCCAUCUUUGAACCCCCCGGCGCCAAUUAUACUUAUGUUUAUCACACAUACUUCGAGCAUGUAUAUGCUUACGGGUUUCAACCGAGCACAACCCUUCGCCUUGCCUUCGCAGCACUGUUUCUCCAAGCCGUCAUUGCACUCAUUCACCUAGCUGUCACCGUCUUUGUCCGACGCCCAUGGCAUAGCUUCGCGUGGGGAAGCUUUGCUCAGAUCCUGACGCUCGCCCUACGGUCGAAUCCGCCAGAUCAACUAGAGAACGUCGGUGGAGGGGUUGAGAGGGCUCAAACUUGGAAACAUCUUACGGAAGUGAGGGAGAUUGGAGACGAGAGAGAAUUGCAGAUAGUUAUACGCAGACAUACGGCAAUGUUAUAUCGAGAUCAGACCUACUUAAAUAGUGAGGAACAAGGACCACAUCAGCUAAGGAUUCCUCAGGUUGGAAUUAAGUACAGAUAA